AGCAGUGGCUACUCCAGUGGCAGUGAGGUCUUGUGCAAGGUGUUGGCUUCAAUAUUUAAUUGUGUCACACUUUUGGGGAACGUGAGCUAUUGUGUACUGAAUGAAAUCCUCAGGAUUCUGUAGGAUUAUGGUGAAAGUGAACUGUAUCUGUUUUGUGGUUGCACUGUUCGUUCGAGGAGCCGUCUCGAGAGCUCAGGACACCACAGAAUUCCCCACUUACGUAUCCGCUAAUUAUCUCGAAACCGGCUCAGCAAGAGACUACCCUUAUGCUACAACCAACGACUACAGAACAAUGUAUGGUGGCUCCACGAAACCGUACAUUGACUACAGAUCGCCCUACGAUGACUACACAGCAUACGACGAAAAUUUAGAGCUCGAUAUCUACGAGGAAUACGACGAUUAUAAUGAUAUAAGUACACCAAAAGUCGCAGUUCAAGAGAUUAAUCCAGAUACUGGUGUAAGCAAUGUACCUGAGUUGCAGAUGCCUUGGGUGUAUAUAAUCGUACCUGUCGUUCAAAUCGAUGUUUACUACGUAGAUGACGAGAAAAAAUCCCCCGAAGAUAUGGAAAUACAACAACCAGUCCAAACAAUUUACGUCGAGCUGGACAACUUUGACGUGGCACAACUAGACUUAGCAGACUGUGUUAUAUCAGACAUUCACUACCCGAACUUUGCCGACUACGUCUAUGGCACCGACUACCCCGGUGGUUAUUACCCCAACGCCAACAUAUAUCACACAGCCGACGACCUGGACGUCUGGCCGAUAUUGGACUACCCCGGCAUCGACCAUGAUAUUUUAUUCUACCGGUAGGAUUGACCGAGUUGGAUAUUUGAGCUUCUUCCCGAAGAAAUAAAUCAUGUUGUGUAAAAUACAGUAGACUACAUAAUAGAAACAUAUUUUUAAAUUUAAAACUAAAUUUUUAUAACUUCUUUCACUAUGGAACUGUUUCAUUUCACUGAUUGAUGAAAAAACUUAGAGGGAGUAAGAUAGUUUGUAAAAUCCUAUACCAAAGAUAAUGUAAGGUAGAUUCAAUCGUGUGGAAUACGUCUUUUUCCAAUGUUUAGUUUGUACUAUUAUUAAUAAAUUGUACUUUACUACA